AGGAGAUGACCAGAGACUGCGGACACAGUACAGGAGAUGACCAGAGACUGCGGACAUAGUACAGGAGAUGACCAGAGACUGCAGACACAGUACAGGAGAUGACCAGAGACUGCGGACACAGUACAGGAGAUGACCAGAGACUGCGGACACAGUACAGGGAUGGUCAGAGACUGCAGACAAACUAGAGGAGACAGUCAGAGACUGCGGACAUAGUACAGGAGAUGACCAGAGACUGCGGACACAGUACAGGAGAUGAUCAGAGACUGCGGACACAGUACAGGAGAUGGCCAGAGACUGCGGACACAGUACAGGAGAUGAUCAGGGACUGCGGACACAGUACAGGAGAUGACCAGAGACUGUGGACAGUGCAGGGAAUAACCAGAGACUGCAGACAGUACAGGGGAUGACCAGAGACUGCAGACAGUGCAGGGGAUGACCAGAGACUGCUGAC